AUGAGUCGAGAGAUGCUUGUGGUGGCCGGAGAGCAACGAGAUUUUCUUGAUUCGGGUGGCCGAUGUGCAUGCGUGAGGACAAGGGGUGGUGGCGCUAUGGUCUCUGUGCGCCUUCACCCUUCUCCUUCCUCUUCUCUGCGGCAGCUUCUUCUUAGUGUGACUUUCAAUCUACCUGAUCUUCAUUUCAAUCUACCUGAUCUUUCAGCACUUUGUCGGGUUCAGUUAGAAGAAAUUGAUGAAUUAGUUGUAUAUAAUGCUAGUUCAUCUACACCUAAGCCAAUAUUUGAUUUAUGUUUAGCCCUUUAUGGGGAACCCAAAACAAUAAUCCCUCACUGUGAAGCUAACUUACUUCCUGAAAUAAAUAUGAUGUUUGAUACAUUAGAUGAUGGUUUAUGCUUUUAUAAGAAUUAUGCAACUGCUUGUGGCUUUGAAGUUAGACGUUUUGGGGAGAAAAAACAAGGGCAAAGAACUGUGAAAUCUAAUACUACGAGAAAACGUUUAAAUUCUCGUGUGGAUUAUCCUACUAUAAUUGGUUUUCGUAGGGCUAAAGACGAAAAAUAUGUUGUUUUUAAGUUUGUAGAAGGUCAUAACCAUGGUUUUGCAUCUCCUACUACUAGUUUUCAUAUGAAAGGUUCAUCUGACAUGCACAUUGGAAACAAAGAUGAUUUUAAGAAUUUUGAUAGGGAUUUAAAAGGGUAUAUUAAUGAUGGUCAAAUGUUUGUUGAAAUGUUUCUUAGGAAAAAAGAAAAUUACCCUAUCUUUUUCUUUGACAUUGAUGUUGAUGAUUCCAAAUCACUAUGCUUGGCACGAUGGGCUGAUGGUACAUGUAGAAGAAAUUAUGCUGUUUUUGGUGACUCUAUAUCUAUGGAUGCUACAUAUAGCACAAAUAAGUAUAAUUUAGUAUUUGUGCCAUUUACGGGUGUAGAUAAUCAUAAGCGAUGUGGGGAACAACCGUAUUCUAUCAUUAUUGAUCAAGAUCUUGCUGUUAAGAUUGCUCUGUCGACAGUUUUUCCAAAGUCUGUUCAUAAAUUUUGUGUAUGGAACAUAAUGAAAAAGUUGAAGGAUAAAGACAAUGAGCCACAUGAAUUUGAAUCUGAGUGGUCAAAAUUGGUAUUUGAUUAUAAGAACCAUAAGUUGGAUGAAAAUGUUUGGUUGUCAACUAUGUAUAAUAUCAGGGAAAUGUGGGUUCCUGCUUAUCUCCAAAUGCGAUUUCAAAGCGCAAUAGAUGCCCAAAGUCAUAAAUUGAAAAUACUUGAAAGUAAGGAUAAGUUCUUUACUCCACCACUUAAGACACCAUUAAUGUUGGAAAAACAUGCUGCUUCUAUAUAUACUCUUGCUGCUUUUUAUGAUUUUCAAGCUGAAAUUUGCACUGCUUGUUUUGAAUGUGGGUUGGACAAACAUCAUGUUGAUAAUGGUAAAGAUUAUUCAGUGAUUUAUUUGGGUAACAAAAGGAUUUUUAAUGUUGUCCUUGAUCCAAAACCACUUGAGGUGGAUUGCUCAUGGGAUGUUUGGAACGAAGUUUAUCGUUGUGCUGGUUUGGCUGAAAGUAGUAUAGAUGAUCUUCAAGAUCUAUUGGAGAAAUUAAAAUUCUAUUCAAGUGAACUUUUAGAAAAGAAAAACAAUUUAGUGGAACAAACAAAAGAUCAAGAUUUUGAGGAUUUUGUUGGUUGUAAAGCACCUGAAGUAAUUAGCAUCCAAAAUCCAAAAGUAUCUUCAAAUAAGGGCACCAGAAAGGAAAGUGAUACUAAUGAGAAAGAUGCUCAUAGGUCUAUAAUUCCGAAGCGUUGUAAAACAUGUGGAAAGAUCGCCGAUCACAAUAGUCGUACAUGCCCAGACAAGAAUAAAAAUUAUAUUAUUCAACUCCAUUUUUAUGAAAUGAUACAAGUAGCAAAAGGACUACAAGAUCAAGUACACAUUAAUCAACAUUUUGUGUUGCUGUUGAAGAUGUUACUGCAGACUACAAGAUCAAAAUCGAUUAGACUGUAA